UUAUUACCAAAUGUCAUUAUUUGUGUCCAUAAUAAAGAAUGCUAAUGCUAAAAGCAGUGUUCACAUAUAAAGGGGGAACAGUUGAGGGGAGGGCGAACUAGUGAGCGGAGAUAUAAGAGUUCGGGUUGUUGGCUGGGGCAGUUGUCGAGAGGUAGGCUAAUGCAAUUGUGUUACAAACCGAAAAAACUAUGAAAUCCGCCGUCGCAGCUGCCGAAACAACGGUAGCAUGGUAGCUUUGGACUGGGGUUUGCAAGACGAGCACCGAUAUCUACACAUUACUGCAAUUUUAACACCGAAUUACUUAUCCCCCUGAUCGAGUCGGGUAAACCACCGUCCGAGAUGGGGAAGGAGGUUAAUGGUGUUUCGCGUAGCCGGUUUGAGAUGUUCUCAAACAGCGACGAGGCCGUCAUCAAUAAGAAGCUGCCCAAGGAGCUGUUGCUACGAAUCUUCUCCUUUCUGGAUGUGGUGACACUCUGUCGCUGUGCCCAGGUCUCACGGUCGUGGAAUGUGCUCGCCCUGGACGGCAGUAAUUGGCAGAGGAUUGACCUUUUCGACUUUCAGAGAGAUAUUGAGGGGCGAGUGGUGGAGAACAUCUCGAAACGAUGUGGGGGAUUCCUGAGGAAGUUGAGUCUGCGGGGCUGUCUGGGGGUGGGGGACAGCGCUCUGAGAACCUUCUCCCAGAACUGCAGGAAUAUUGAGCUGCUUAGUUUGAAUGGCUGCACCAAGAUUACUGACAGCACAUGUAAUAGCCUCAGUAAGUUCUGUCCCAAGCUCAAGCACUUGGACCUCGCCUCCUGUACCUCAAUCACCAACCUGUCACUCAAAGCACUCAGCGAGGGCUGUCCUCUGUUAGAGCAGCUUAACAUCUCGUGGUGUGACCAGGUGACUAAGGAUGGCAUCCAGGCCUUGGUACGAUGCUGUCCCGGACUCAAAGGCCUUUUCCUCAAGGGCUGCACACAGUUGGAGGAUGAAGCAUUGAAGCACAUUGGUGCACACUGUCCAGAGCUGGUCACUCUCAACUUACAGACGUGUUCGCAGAUCACAGACGAAGGUCUCAUUACUAUAUGCCGGGGCUGUCACCAUCUGCAGUCGCUGUGUGUCUCAGGUUGUGCCAACAUCACAGACGCCAUCCUCCACGCCUUGGGACUGAACUGCCCGCGCCUCAGAAUAUUAGAGGUGGCUCGCUGCUCUCAGCUCACAGAUGUGGGCUUCACUACACUAGCAAGGAAUUGUCAUGAGCUGGAAAAAAUGGACCUGGAAGAGUGUGUGCAGAUCACGGACGGCACACUUAUCCAGUUGUCCAUCCACUGCCCUCAUCUGCAAGUUUUGAGCCUGUCUCACUGUGAGCUGAUUACUGACGAUGGCAUCAGACAUCUGGGAAGCGGGCCCUGUGCCCACGACCGGCUGGAGGUGAUCGAGCUGGACAACUGCCCCCUGAUCACGGACGCCUCGCUGGAGCACCUGAAGACCUGCCACAGCCUGGACCGCAUCGAGCUCUACGACUGCCAGCAGAUCACCCGCGCAGGCAUUAAGAGACUAAGGACCCAUCUACCUAACAUCAAAGUGCACGCGUAUUUCGCCCCCGUCACCCCACCCCCCUCGGUUGGGGGGAGUCGCCAGAGAUUCUGUCGCUGCUGUAUCCUGCUAUGAUGUGAAGACUGCGCCCCCACCCCCCCUCAGCCCAACUUCUGCCCCUCCACCCAACCUGGCUCGGCCUGGUCCGAUCCGGCCUCAAGGUAUACAUGCUGGUGUGCCCCCCCAAUUGGAGCUGCAGAGAGAGGGAGAGAGCCCAACCACCACAGGGUCUGGGAAGAACCUUCCCAAUGACAUUACCAAACCCACUCACAACGGCCUUUGUCAAACACACAAAUAAACACACACACACAUCACCACAGAUGAACAUCAGUACAUUCCCUGCUGUCCCCAGGCCCAUGUUCUAAAGACCACCCAGCAUUGCAGGGAGGAUUACAUAAUAGAACCACUGCUGUUUACAGAUUAGGCUCCUAAUACACUGUAUGGACUACAUGAAGGUAGGGCUCACUUGAUACAAGGUUCCCUAUGGACUACUAUGACCUUUUACAAAAGGAUCAGGAAGAUUGGUUUGGAUAAGAAACUCACAUCCAAUGUGGGUGUUGGGAGGAUAACCAGAAACAUGGCUAGAGCUACUAUGAGGAUAUUGGUUUGGUAGAAAUGCCCUCAGAAUCUUUCAACGACUGUCAAGCUACCUCUAGACAUAACUGCACUUCAAUGUGAGUAGCUCUUUGUUAGCCUCUGGUUCCAGACUGCCCACUCCCAACCAAACUUUUUAUUUUUUAUUUUUUACUAAAGAUCCGUUUCCAUUGGCACUUUGAAGUCAACCCAGGUUGGGCUGGCCUUGGUGGCUGGCUGAAAUUGUUUCCACUGCCUCCAAAGAAUAAAUGAUGUCAUGUUGCUAGGUAUUCAAUAUGUGACUGCAGCUGGCUUCGCUAAUGUUGCUAACUGGCAAGAUGUUGAAGAAUUUAAAUUCACCCUCACAAUGCUGUAACUAACUUUAACCCAUACUCCUGUCAGUGCUAGCCAUACUCAGAACCAUGUAUUUAGCUUGCUAACUAGCUAAACGGUUAGCGUCGCUAUUGGCUAGCUAACUAAUCAAGCAAACCAGACGGCAGGUUUGAGUGUUUUAUUUAUUUAUUUAUUUCUAUAUUUUUAUACAACAGAUUUGAUAUGAUGUAGCUAGCUAGCUUUCAAUACGAACUGGCCAGCUACAAUUCCUGCUAGCUACAGUAGCUUGUUUUAACUCUUGAUUUGCUAGCUAAUAUAAUGGUAGCUAGCAUUUUAGGGCUGACUGUUGUCAUAAAAGUUUAUUGUGGAAUGCAAAAACUAAUGGAUCCAGCUGUGGUGGCAAUUCGUGUCAUGUCUGACUACUGCAGUACUGCUUGUCCAUGUGCUAACUAGCAGCGCACACACCUAGAUGAGCUGCUCAACGUUGUCACCAUCCAGCGGUGAUUUUAUUUUUUAUUUACUGCGUCACCAGCCUGAAUUCUAAACGCGCUAGCACCAGGUGUGAAACUGGGCUGUGCUGGUUCGAAUUUGAGAAUUCCAUUCGAACAUCUCUAUUUUGGCCCUGAUUUUAAGUGCCAGUGGAAAGGGGUUUAAUUUAACAGAGUCCUGGUGUCUUCGACAGCAAUUAAACAGACCCCCCCCCACACACACACACACACACACACACACACACACACACGCACACGCACACACACACACACACACACAAAUAUAUUGUAAAUACAGUGGGUAGUAGGUCUUUUUCUCUAGUCUCAAAGUUAGUGCAGGCCUGCUAGAGGGUAUGCUGAGUUUAUCCAGCAAAAUGAUGACACUUUUUAAAGAGUCUCUAUGACUCACCUAAUAGUUUACUGCCAAAUGACAACACACACUUGCACAUACACGUGGGCACACACACACAGCUCAAUACCUCCCCCUUCCCCUCUCUCUGUUACAAUCAGAAGCUUCAUUGUACAAAAAAAAGAGAAAAGCAAAUAUUUUUCUAAAAAGGACACCAAUUGAGACUUACACGUGGGGACUUGAGAAGAUGCCAAAUGUUGCAUGUAACAAUUCUAGUUUUUUAAAUCUAAAUGUAAUAUAUGUAAGUACUGUGGAAAUCCAGCGCUGCGGCCAGCUAAACCACACCACAGACCAUGGUGUGAAGGAGAGAUUUACGUCAAUGGGUCUCGCACUAUGUUAAGUCAAACACAUACUGUACACACACAGAUGUGUUUUUGUGUGUAUGUGUGUGAGAGAAUGUUCCGGGGCUAUGGAGAGUAGUUUGGACAGUGAACCAUCACCGGUUCUGGAUUUUUGGAGACAUAAUAAACCAGGCCCCUGCAAGCUAGUCUUAACAACAACAAAAUAUUGAAUAGAGACCCAAACACACAAAAUAAAAAAAGAUUGACGUCACUGUGAGUUUGCGAUGCCAGACAGACCAGGAGGACUGAAAGAAAAAGCCAACCGAAAACAAAGUAUCUGUAUUUUCAUUUUGUUGCUUUUAGUCUUUUUUCCCCCCUUGGUGAUGAACAUUCUUGAUGAAUGCGAGCUGGCGAACCACACAUGUGUAGGAGGAGAUGCCCAGUGUUGCUUGCGGGCACCAGGAUCUGGUCAGUGACAGUAAUGCCCCUUCAACUCCCAUGAGGCCAUGCAGGGGAGAGGGUGAAAGUGGAGUUGACCCUGCACCAGCGCAGCGCCCUUCUCUCUCUGCCUGGGACCAGUGACGUGGGACGAGGAGGGGCCGCUGGAAUUGGAUAGGUGCGGUCACUAAACAAGGAAGUCGUUUAGAAUCUUGACCUGGAGUGAGCUGAGCGCACAACACUGGCCUGCUGACAGAUGUUGGAGUGCAGGGGUAUGUGUCCCAACUCCACAACUACCACCUUACCAAAAGACUUUGACCCCUGUUCAUGAGUUUCAAAGCCUUUCAUUUGGAUCCUUCCUCCUCUACCACACUUUAACCUUCUCUGUUUUCUGUCUCUCCUCUUCUAUUCUCUGUUCUGUUUUUCUUUUUAUAGUUUAGUCUUUUUUUAGCCUUUUUCUGUUCAAGUUGGUGACUUCUACAUCUCGUUCUCACCCCUCCCCCCUCUUUUUUGUUUGGUGUGUUUUGGGGUGGGGCUGUUUUUGUUUUGCAUUCAGUCAUGAGUUCAGUGUUUUCCCCAGUUAAGUUUGAGCCCUCUUGCAGUCCUUGGUUUUUGGUCUUAUGGAGUUUGUGUUCUAUUACAAGUUUUUGUUACCUAAUGUCCAGAGUGUAGCCUUUGUACAGGGGGAAGGGUUGGAGACAGUGCAAUUUGUAAAAUAAGUUGAUGACGAGUCGGUGAGGUUGCUUUUAUGUAUAAUGGAUGUUAUACAAUGUAUUGAAUGUGUUGUCAUGAAGGCGUUGUCUGGGAACGUGGGGGUUGGGUGGGGUGGGGGGGGUUAGGGCCUAGGUUGUGUGCUGAUGUAGCAGAAACAGAUUCCUCUCCUGAUGUGCUUUCCCUUUACUUGUUAUGCCUUGCUUUGGGGAUCCCCUAACACCAUGAUGCAGCCCACCCCACUGUAGAAACAAAACAGAGUUGGUACGCCCAAUAGGAAUGUUUUAAUGUUCUCUAAAAAUACACAUUUCCUUCUAAGAUUCAAACCAACUAACAGGCAAAACAUUUAAUGAUGAUUAUUUUCUGUUUUUGUGAUUUUGUCAGUUGUGGGUGGGAGGGGGAUAAUGCAAACGGCGAUUAAUCCAGUCUGAUCUGUUUUGUUUGAAUGUGGGUUUAUGGGGGAUUAGAGAACAUCCAGGAGCCCAGAUAUGCGUAGAUGCAUAAUGUACUCAUACUAAACACCCUCUGGCUGGAUGCAACUGUGCUCCCACUGCUCCCUACGGUCUGGAGUUACCAGAGGGAAAGUCAUGGGGAAGCCGGGAUCCAUAACACCUGUUUGACCUCUUCACACACAGUUGCUGAGUCACCGGCACCACUUGUACUCGCUUAGUCAUUCACAGACGCACUGAGACACACACACGGUACGCACUGACCAUUUGCACUGCCAUGGUCCCCUCUGAAUCAGAACUCAGUUGAGAGCGAAGGUAUGUAGAGUAGACAUACGUGCCUACACAUGCCAUACACUAUACACUAUUGACAGCACAGACAACAGGCAAAUUCAGCCUCAAGCAGUUUCCGUUAGAAUUUAUUCAAUAUACAAAAACACGAGAACAUGUCCAUACCGGGUUAUGUCAUAAACUACCCUGUAGAAUGUCAAGACUAAACACAUGCAAAACAAUUAUACCGCUUCAUUCCUCUGAUUUUCCAGCAGUUAACAUGGAAGAUGACAGAUUACUGAAUUCUUGCUCAGUCCAUUUUCAUGUCCACUCAGUCCCUAUGACUAGACUGUGUGUUGGAGGGGGUGGGGGAGGACGACUGGCUGGCUGCGUGAACAAGAUGGUGGAUCUAAAGUGUGUUCUUGGUAGUUUGACACCUGGGGACUACUUUACUUUUUUUUUUUUACUUUACACAAUGACUGUAGUUCAUAUAAAUUAAUGUAAAUCUUUUUAAUUUUUUUUUUUACAAUUAACGGAUUAUAAAUGAAUAUGUAUGUAUGAAUAAAUAUAUAACUAUAUUAUUAA